CAUAUUGGGCUAUACUUGUAAUAUACUGUUCUGUCAUUCUCUGUCUCUCUCUAUAACUCUUGGCUCUAUCUAUGUCACUAUAUUGUGCUUCAACUUGUUCAUUCAGAGUGACAGAACCCCACUCAUUAAUUCAGCUAGACUUUUGCAGUCCUUUAAUCUGCUCAAGGAAACUUCCAUGCUCAAGCUUUACUAUCAUUUCCAUGGUUUGAGGUAACCCAAUAUCUGUUCCUUCUCAUUUGCUUUACUUUCCCCCUUGAUUUGCCAAUUUACUCUUCUCCCGUCGGCCGUUGGCCGUUAUUAAUAUUUUGGAAAUAAGUAAGCAUUUUCUUCUCAAAUUCUUAUUCUGGUUCUAUUUGUUUUUAUGGACAGGUGUUUGAUAAAUUGCUUGUUAACACAACAAGAAUUUGGUUAAUUUAGUGGUUUUUUUUUUUAAUUUAAGAAAUGGGUAUGAGUUAUUGGAGCUUGUAUUUGAUUUUCUCAAUCACAUGGAGUAUUUGCAUAGUGGGUACUUCUCAAUUGCAAUCCUCACAAAUUCAAGUGCUUCUUCAAUUAAGGAAGCAUUUGGAAUACCCAAAUGAAUUGGAAGUGUGGAAUAAUGAUGAACAAAACAUCUGCUCCAAUUCCAAAAUCAAUGUUACUUGUGAAGUUGAUGUUGUCACUGAGCUUAGGAUUAUGGGGGGCAAGCCUAAACCUUCCAAAGUUGGCAAAUUUGUUGGGUAUGCAAUUCCAAAUCUAACCUUAUCAGAUAAAUUUUCAAUGGAUUCAUUUGUUGCCACUUUGGCAAGGCUAACUAGUUUAAGAGCUCUUAGUUUGGUUUCUUUGGGCAUUUGGGGCCCACUUCCUGAUAAAAUUAACAGGCUAUCUUCUUUGGAGUUUCUUGAUCUUAGUUCAAAUUUUUUGUAUGGUUCUGUUCCACCAAGGAUUGCUACAAUGGUGAAGCUUCAAACACUUAGACUUGAUGGUAACUUCUUCAACGAAAGCGUGCCGGAUUGGUUAGACUCAUUGUCUAACCUUUCAGUCCUGAGCUUGUCAGAUAAUCACUUGAAGGGUCCAUUUCCUGCUUCAAUUGGGAAAAUUAGGACUCUUAGUACUCUUGCAUUGUCAAAUAACAAGAUUUCUGGGGAAGUGCCUGAUUUAAGUAGUUUAAGGGGGUUGAGAAUGUUGGAUUUGAGUUGGAAUGAAUUGGACUCGAAACUACCCAAUUUCCCUGGAGCUUUAUUCAUGGCAUUGCUGAAUAAUAACUCCUUCAAUGGUGAGAUACCGCGUGGAUUCAAGAAACUGAACCACUUGCAGCAUCUUGAUUUGUCACUAAACCAUCUUCAAGGAAGAUUACCCACCAUUCUUUUUUCCCUACCCAAUAUUAGUUACCUGAAUUUAGCAGCAAAUGAGUUGAGUGGAUCACUCCCCCUUCAUUUGGUAUGUGGCAGGAAGCUUGAAUUUGCUGACUUAUCGAAUAACAGAUUAACUGGCAAGGUUCCCAGGUGCUUAACCAAAAUUACUUCCCAAUUUUAUGGGAAUUGUUUGAACUAUGGCGGAAUAAACCAGCAUCCUGAGUCAUACUGCGCCAAGAUACAGGAAAAUACCAGCAGUUCCUCGGCCAUAAGUACACUAACUUUAGUCUGUGUGAUUGGAGGAGUACUAGUAGUAAUGGGAAUUCUCGCAGUUGGAUUUCUGUUGAUUUAUAGAAGAUACUGUCCAAGCGGUUGUCAAGAGCAGAGUUUGUUGCAGAAGCAAGUUGUAGAAAACAGUGUGACUGGGGUCACUUCUGAGAUACUAGCAAAUGCAAGAUAUAUAUCUGAAGCUGCAAAAUCUGGCACACAAGGAAUCCCUGCGUGCCGGGCAUUUUCCAUGGAAGAGCUGAAAGAUGCUACCAAGAACUUCGAUACAUCUGCCCUGAUGGGGGAAGGUGCUAGGGGCAAGAUGUAUCAGGGAACAUUGCCGAAUAAAACCUUAGUAGCGAUAAGGUGCCUAUCUCUAUCGAAUAAAUUCACCACUCGUAAUCUGAAGCUUCGGCUGGACCUUUUAGCAAAGCUUCGCCACCCACAUUUGGUUUGCCUUAUGGGUCACUGCAUUGAAACCGGAGCAAAGGCUGAUUCUGAUGGUAACAAGGUCUACCUUGUUUAUGAAUAUGUGCCUAAUGGGAAUUUACGCUCCCAUCUAUCUGAUCUUGGUAGAGUAAGAGCUCUCAAAUGGCCAGAGAGAUUGGUGAUUCUGACUGAUAUUGCCAAGGCUGUGCAGUUCCUCCACACGGGAAUCAUUCCUGGUUUCUUCAACAACCGAUUGAGAACAAAUAAUAUCUUGAUUGAUGAGUACCGAAGAGCAAAGCUAAGUGAUUACGGACUGUCAAUCAUCUAUGAUGAUGAAGAAUUUGGGGGAAAAGGAGUUACUGCUAAGUCAUGGCAAAUGAAAAUUCUCGAAGAUGACAUUUACUGCUUCGGAUUCAUACUACUAGAAUCCCUCAUUGGUCCCUCCGUGGCCGCCAAGAAGAAGGCAGUUCUGCUGUCUGAAAUGGCAGCACUUAGCAGCGAGGAAGGGCAGAGAAGAGUCGUAGACCCCAUUGUAUUGUCAACUUCCACAAAAGAAUCAUUGGCAACGGUCAUCUCGAUAACCAACAAAUGUGUUUCAUCCGAAACAUCAACACGUCCUUCAUUCGAGGAUGUGCUUUGGAAUUUACAGUAUGCAGCUCAGGUUCAAGCAACAGCAGAUGGUGACCAAAGAUUUGCCUCCCCGACACACUCCUGAGUUUCUUCUAGUAUGGCUGCUGGAGAAAACUUGAAUGUUCAAUGUUUAGAACUAGAGCAGAAAAUAACACAUUAUUUAUAAUCUGUAAAUGUGUAUCGAAUGUAAACCUGCAAUAGUACUACAGACUCUUCCUUUACCACUUUACUAUUCACAUGUUAUAUGAUCAGGAGGAAGUAUGUAAUAUAGGAGAGCAAUUGGAACUGCUCAAAACAUGUAUAUUUAGCCAUUUAGGCACGUUCUUCUUUGUCCGGUUA